UGGUUUCGCUCUCUCAAGGCUGAGAUCUGGUUCCCUUCACGCUGGUCUCUCUCUCUCCCCCCCGCCACCCGCUUUCAGUCUCUGAUGUCACAGGUUUUGUUUUUCCAAAGCAAAAGCCACAGCCAGCGAGAAGGGUUGUAAAACUUGUUUGAACACCAGGAAGGCAGGAGAGAACCGCUGCAGGCUGACACUGCAAGCCAAGUCAGCCGGAGACGGUUGAGCCAACGUUGAGCCACGAGGGGCCUGGGUGCCCGUGUGCGCCUUGAGGAGGAAGGCUGUCCUCUCCAGCAGUCCAAGAGCUCCAGGACAGAGCUUCAUCCAGCCAGCAGAUCAUAGCUACCAUGUGCUGUUGAGCAAUGGUGCUCCAGAACACGGAUGCCAUGGGGGUCCUGAGCCAGUCAGAGCUGUGUCCCUACUUGACCCCAGAUCACCCAGAAGAUCUAGCAAAGUGUCUUCAGUCACCAGACAAGGAGGAAUCCCUGGCCCAGAGCAGUACUGAAGGCGAUUCCCUGUCUUCUGAAGGUGGCUCCAGUCCAGGGGGAAACUCCAGCGAUGUUACAGAGGAUGAUGAAGCCAGCAGCACAGACAGUGCCCAGAAUGGGUAUGAGAGUCCCUGUACAGGAAGGAACGGGCUCCUCACAAAAGGCGAGCAGCCACGGCAGACUAACACUGUGAGCAAGAUCUUGGCCCUUGAAAAUCGGAUCAAGGAGCUGCAUCACCGGAAGAAGGAGCUGAACAUAGAGCAGAUGGACCUGGAAGGAGCCCUGUUGGAAGGAGAACUGAAGGAAGAGAGGCAGGAGUUGAGAAGGGACGAGGAGCUGCUGCUGGAGCUUCAGAAGCGUCUGGUGGAGACGGAGCACAAGUGCCACACCGAAAGAGAGAAGGAGAAGGCACGGCUGCAACAGGAGCGCCGCAAGGUAGAAGAGCUGCAGCGGCAGCACGCUGAAUCACAGAUUCACCUGGACAAUCAGCCUGAAUCGAUGCGGGAGCGGAUGCAGAGGCAGCUGCAGGAGACAUCAGAGAUGCUAGAUGGAGCCCUGAGGUGCUACGAAGAUCUGGAGUUCCAGCAACUGGAACGGGAAAGCCGCCUGGAGGAGGAAAAAGAGGCUGCCUGCCAGGCUCUAGCGCAGAUCACUCAGCUGCAGAACAGCAUCAAUCAAAGGAAGAGGACGGUGCAGAGGUUGGAAGGACAGGCCCAUUUGACCCAGGAGCAAAGGGCGGACGAGAGCCAGCGAUUUGCACAAGAGAAGGGAGAGGCUCUCAGGCAUCUCAACGCGGAGAAAAAUCGCCAAAUGGACAUGGGCCAGGAGUAUUUGGAGGAGAGUGGGGAGGACUCCUCUGAAAAUAAGCAGGGUGUCACUCAGCUCACUUUCACCCAAAAGACGGAUCGGAAGGUCAUUGUGUUGGGCUCCGACCAGUCCGACUCCUCCUCCUGUGUCUUCUCUGUCUGCAGUUCUGUCAAGGGAUCAAUCGGCUUGCAGAGGACCGCAAGUCUACCCCGUAGGAGAGGGAAUCGCCUCCCACCCAGGACUGCACAGCGUCCUCUCUCCAUGCAUGGUGCUCUGGAUCCCAGUGUCCUGGCGGCACAGCUCUCUGGCGGAAGCAAUGGGCACUACCUUGGCAGUCCAAACCUGCAGUUCUCACGUCUCAACCACCCUCUCUACCAGCUGCUGGGUGGCCAAGGGGCUGUGGGGCAGCUAGGAGGAUCCAAUCAAGGGGCAUAUAGCCUUGGGACCUGCGUCACGCAACUGGCCGAGAUGGAACGGAGGGUGCGGGAGGCCAUGGCGGAGAGAGAGCGACUGCUUCAGGAGAGGGAGGCCAAGAAAGUAGCGGAGGAGGCCAGGCGCAUGGAGGUGCCCCCGUCAAGCAAGACUCCUCACCCAGUGGAGAUCCAGGAGCAAAAACUGGCCACGUUUGACCUGCGCAAGCACCUGGAGGCAUCAGGACACAGUGUGGACUCCUGUCCUCAGGUGCGGGUGACCAGCAAGUCCUGCAAAGGCUACCUGGUCAAGAUGGGCGGCAGGAUCAAGACCUGGAAGAAACGCUGGUUCACCUUUGACCGCCAGAAGCGUGUCCUGGCAUACUAUGCAGACAAAGAGGAGACCAAGCUUAAGGGUGUGAUUUACUUCCAAGCCAUUGAAGAGGUAUACUACGACCAUCUCCGCAGUGCUUUCAAGAGCCCUAGCCCCAAGAUGACCUUCUGUGUCAAGACUUAUGACCGUCUUUUCUGCAUGGUGGCACCCAGCCCAGAGGCAAUGCGGAUCUGGAUGGAUGCUAUCGUCACUGCGGCAGAGGAGAACGCUCGCUACUGAUGGGCAUUACCCACUACAGACUUGGCUCCCCAUGUUUGACUGUGGGCCCAGCACUUCUGCCCAUGGAGGACUCCCCUUGUGUCAGUUAUGGCUCCUCCGCAGGGCAGGGCCUGAUGGCAAGAUAGCCAAUGGGAGAAGCUGAAUGUAUUUGUGUUGGGUCAGAAGGCUGUAUAUUUUAUCUGAUCUUUGGAACGACAGGGUGGAAUCAAAGUACCUUAUUGGGCAAUCAGUACAUAAGAAUGGUUGGCUGUGCCUGUUUUGUUUGUAUCAAUUGCCUGAAUACUGUUGAUUGUUUGUUUGCUUAAUGGGCCACUUCAAAAGGGGUUUCUCAUUAUCCCCUCCAUCAGAAAAGACCCAGGGCAACGUCUUGGCAGAUGGAAACUCUUGCAGCGCAUUCCAGCUGGUUCUAUUUGAAAAAGGACUUCCAUUCUAAAGAAUUAAAACCAUCUUUGGAAUUUGCGCCUCUUUGAGAACAUCUGCCAAACAAGGCAAACCAUCUGGAGGGGACUUUGUGUGAAUUUCAUGAGUUGGCCAGAAUUUCCAUGAAUCACAAACGGCAAUAGACUCUUGUCAGCAUAAGCUCCAGCCGGAUGAGAUUUGGUCCUGACUAUGGACCAUUUGAGGAUUCCCUUCAUGCUUCUUAUUUAGACUUGGGUGACCACAUUAAGCUUUCCCCCCCACACACAGUUUUUUUGCCACACUGCCUUGACACAGGUGUCCCUGGAUUACAGAAGAGGUUCUUAAUGUGCGUAUGUGGCAAACCUUGCAUCAGACCUGUGACACCUCUAAGCAGAACAGAUACCGGCCUAUGCUGUAUAGAUUUCCAUGUAUUUAUUGUGUGCUUUGGGUCUUUUUUUUUUAAACACCUGGGACACUGUCUAAAGGGGCAACCGUGUAUAAAGCUGUAGGCUAUUUAUUGUAUAAACCUUUCAAGUGGAAAUGGAUCAGAGUAUCGCUCAGUUGGUUCCGCUCUGCGAUGAGAAGGUUUCAUUCCUUGUCCCUCAGGUGUCCCUUCUCCCUCCCCUUGUAAACUUCUCAGUGUGGAAUCCUGUCUUUUCUCUACAUCUGCCUGGAAGUGGGCCAGAAGACUAUUUGGGUGCCCACUAAAUUGAAUUCCCAGCUGUUCCCAUGACUACACUUCUCUCUUGCGCAAGUAACCACAGCCAAGGUUGGUCUGAUCAGGGGUUAGCAUUAUCGGCACCUGCCAAGGCUCACAUUCUAGUGGGGGGGGGCGCUAGCCUUUCUUCUUUUGUUGCUGUCUACCUGCCUUCUCUAAGCAUGCAAGCAGUGACAAGAGCAUAGCUCAGUGGCAGAGCAUCUGUUUUGCAGGCAGAAGGUCCCAGGUUCAGUUCCCGGCAUCUCCAGGUAGGACUGGGAAGGACUCCUGCCUGAAGCCCUAGAGAGAAGCUGCCGGUUAGUGCUGACAACACUGAGCUAGAUGGACCAAUGGUUUGAUUUGGUAUAAAGAAGCUUCCUAAGUUCUUCUACUUUUGUCCCCAGCAUCCUUGCCUUGCCACCGGUAUCUGAACAAUCCAAAAUAAGUGCCCCAGAACUUCACAAAGCUCAGUGAUAGAAUAUCUGCCUGGCAUGCAGAAUGUCCCAGGUUCAAUCCACAGCAACUCCACACUGGGCUGGGGAAGGCUCCUGCCUGAAACUCUGCCCGUCCGUGUGACAGUAGGGCUGUAGGUAGACCAAUGGUCUGAUUCAGUAUAAGACAACUCUCUAUGUGCCUAUGAGCAGCUUCAGUCUAAGAACACAAGAAGAGCCUGCUGGAGCAGGCCAGUGGCCAGGCUUGUGCAGCAUCCUUUCCUCACGGUGGCCAACCAGAUCUUUGUGGAAACGCAGCAAUCUGGACCUGAGUGCAAAAGCACUCUCCCAACCUCCAGUUUCCACCAACUGGGAGAGACAACACCACCACACAGUUCUCUGUAAAAUGCCAUGUCUUAGGGCCCAGGACUCAGCAAGAUGGUUAACCUUUGCUUGGGUGAACCACUGCAGGGUGGGGUCCUAAGUAGCCCAGCGGGCUGGAGGUUCCCCACUCCUGAUUUCGUUUUGCUCAACAGGCUUCUCCCUUCUCCUUCCACUCUGCCUUUCUUAGCCCACAGCUUCUUUUAUCCACUGAUAUGAGCUGUGUACACUAGGGGUGUAGUCAUCCAGGGUCUCAGGGAGGGGCUUAGACCCCUUACUUUUUUAGGAGCACAGUCUUAGCCAUGUUGCCAGCAUCCUACCAGCCAAUCAGCAUGAAAGAGUUUAUUAGCCACUGAGAAGAAUCUUCUACAUGCUUCCUUGUCCUUUCCUGCUGAUUAGAGCCAAUCAGAGUGAAAGGGAGUCAGCAAAAUGAGAUGACUCUUCUCAGGAGCUAACACACUCCCCCUUCAUGCUGAUUGGUGCCAAGAGGCAUUUGUUGUGCGAGAAGGCAUGCAUGGGAAGGACUGAGGAGUGUGGAGAGGACGACGGAGAGCAAGCAAGCGAGGGGGCGUGGCUGUGAGGAGCAUGGUGCGACUCUCUUGAAGGGACCCUGCACUUCUGAAUUUGCCACUACACUGCUGGUACACACCAUACACUUAAAACACAUGCCUUCCCCCAAAGGAUCCUUAGAACUGUACACAGAGCUGCAGUUUCCAGCCCCCUUAACAAAUGACAGUUCCCUGGAUUGUUUGGAGGAACACUUGUGCUUUAAAUGUCUUUUCACUUUAUGGUGUGUACACAGCCAGAGUUUCAUUUAACAUUAAAUGAAACAAAAUUUAUCAGAAAAGAAUGUUCUGUCAAUUCUUUUUUAAAAUGUCUUUCCUCCUGAACUGUUGGAGGAUUCCGGUCCACUUCUGAAGAAUAUUUGGUAAAAUUCAUAUCCCUUCAGCAUGAAAUUUUGCCACCCACAAAUAGUGUCAAGAAUUUGGGGAGUUUAGACCUGCUCACCCAAGCCUAGUUAUUUCUCUCGGGUAACCCAUUGCUUUGGGACUGGAACCUGGGAUCGUCCAAUGAAGCUGAACUCUGGGAGAUUCAGGACAGACAAAAAGAAGUCCUUCAUAUAGCAGAUAUUUAAACUACGGAAUUUGCUGCCAGGUGGUAUGAUGGUGGGCAGUGGCCACCAGGUUAGACAGCUUCAAAAGAAGGUUAGCCAAAUCCAUGGAGGGUAGAGAUGUCAAAUGGCUACUAGUCAUGUAGGUUAUACUGCCUCCUAACUAUCCAGUCAUGGCUGGUGCCCAUUGGGACUGGGGGAGUGGAAGGCAGGGAGGUCCAACAGUAGGUGGAGGCAGAGCCAAUGAAUCUCAGUUUUCUCCCCAUCUUCCUCCCUGCUGAGUUCUACAAGGGUAACAUUGACUGCAAAGGAGGAGAAAGCUGUCGGCCUGAGCCACCCCCUGGAUUGAUUAUAGGUACGAAGUCUGCUGCAUGAGGAUAGACUGAGGCUGGAGGGGCAAUGCCCCACUACUCCAAAUGAACCAGCCUCCACUCUAUCACUGGGAAACAACAGUGGGAGAGGGUUGUUGUCCUUAUGCCUGGCUUGCAAGCUUCCCGUAGACAUCUGGUUGGCCACAGUGAGACCAGAAUGCUAAAGAGAUUCAGAGGAGGACCACAAGGGUGACCAGGGGACUGCAACAAAGCCCCGUGAGGCAUGUUUGGUCCUGAGGAGAGAAGACUGAGGGGAGAUAUGACAGCACUCUUCAAGUACUUGAAAAAUUGUCACACAGAGGAGGGACAGGAUCUCUUCUCAAUCAUCCCAGAGUGGAGGACACAGAAUAAUGGGGUCAAGUUGCAGGAAACCAGAUUUCAGCUGAACAUCAGGAAAAACUUCCUAACUGUUCGAGCAGUCCGACAAUGGGACCAAUGACCUAGGGAGGUGGUGGGUUCUGCAACACUGGAGGCCUUCAAGAGGCAGCUGGACAGCUGUCUGUCGGGUAUGUUUCAAGUUGGAUUCCUGCACUGAGCAGGAGGUUGGACUCGAUGCCCUUAUAGGCCCCUUCCAACUCUAUGAUUCUUUGACAAGAUGGGCCCUUGGUCUGAUCCAGCAGGGCUUUUCUUAUAUCAUUACUCGAGACAGCACCGCCUACAACAAAACAGCUCAGAAAGGGAGCCGGCAUGAUUAAGCGUGUCUGUCUCCUCUUUGGGCUGGGAAAGCUGGAUGAAUAACUUGUUUUGCGCUAUAGGAAAAGCUGAGAAAUUCCGUCGCUUAAUCCUGGGGAGAGGUGUGCCUCUUUUGUGCAGCUUUUACAGUCAUAGGAUGAGGAGGCCUGUUUUAUGACUGUACUUUGUUUAAUGAAUUUUGCAAUGAUCAGAAGUACUUUACCCCCUGCCCCCUUUUGAAGCAGGAGCUUUUUAAAAUCUGCUUAGCAUCACAGCUCGUAGGACCACAUGGAGAAGACGAGAAGGUGCUUUUAAGGAAGCUGGAUGCCAGCCAGCUAUUUCUCCUAACAGAAUGCAUGCUUGUAUAUUAUUUUCACUAAGAUAUUCAUUUGCAUGCACAUUUCCCCCUAAUAUAUGCAUUCUUGUAAAGGUUGUUUGAAUGGAGAACUGCAUAACAAAGU